GCUCGGCGCUGCAGCCCCAUCGGCGUUCCAGAACGGUAAGUGCGGUGUGCCCAACCCGAUAGAAAAUGCAGAAAUCAUGGAAGGAAGCACCAGCACCAAACUGAGAUACUCAUGUGCCAAGAAUUACAAGAGGAAAGCGGGAACGUCCAGUCUCAUCGUAUGCAAGCAAGAUGAAAACACAAAAGAGUUUCGAUGGACCAAGGCACAGCUAAGCUGUAUUAGAGAUCCGUCACGGCCCAUUCCUCAGCCUGAAACCACAACGGAAGAUUCCAGAAGAGACGCUCUUUACGGCGGGAUUGUACCCACCAUCCUAGUAGUACUGGUGUUCAUCGUAGGUGCCGUAUUGUGGAACCGCUGUAGAAGACAAGGCUAUUUUCUGAGACAGACAGAAGUUCCCCACGAAGAAGAGAUGGCUUCCUUGGGGUCAGAAGGAGGAGGAGGAAGCCAGAAUAUCCCAUCAGCCAGUGACCUGAGUGAUACAGGAGCCGGCAACGAAGGGGCUGCCAUUUUAUCAGCACACGGUGCCACCUCUACCAGCUGAAAAACACCACUUGGCAAAAACACCCUAAGACAUCCUCAAAACAUUGAGAGGGGGAGGCCAUCUUAGGAGACCGGCGGAACAGCAGAGCCGUACGUUGCCAGAUACCUGAUCCUCAGCAUUGGGUUGGGCGUGGAGGCAAUUUCCCAUCGUGAAACAUUUGAAAGGAGUUCUAGAGAGUUAAUUUCCGAAGCGUACAGCUGCCGCCGCUCUGGCUGUCCCAUUUCCUUGCCUGGGUUGAGAACGAAGUGGAUGAAUCGGUACGAGAGCUCCUACCUCUCUGGGCCUGCCUCUGCCGUCUUUUUCUUGAGAAGGUCAGCUCCGUUUCAAAGUGCGGGAGGGUGCCAGAGGCAGAGCGAGGGAGGACACCUGGAAUCGGGAGUUGAAAACCUGGGAGAACAACUUCCUCCAACGUUCGAAAGAAGCGCACCACAUUUGAAGAAAAAGAGACAGCAGGGAAGCGAUUGAAGAGGAACCUUCAUUUGGAUCCAUUUGGAGCUUGGAGAGAGAAAGGUGGAAUGAGUAAGAAGGGCAUCGUCCGGUGGCAAUAAAAGGACACGUCGUGGUCUGAAGCGGUGUCGAGACCACAGGUGCUGAUGAACCAGCCGUGCUGCAUCGGGGUGAUCGUCCCCCUGGACCAGAACAGAUGUCCCGGGUCAAGCAGCAAAUGGCUGCAGUCUACCAUGAUGGCUACCUGCCAUUGCCAGAACCAGACCGCAGCAUGCCUCUGAAUACCAGUCCCCGGGGAACCACGGACAGCAAGAGUGGGCUGUCGUCCUCAUGCCCCGCUUCUCGGAGGCAUCUGGUUGGCGACUGUGAGAAAGAGGAUGCCAGACAGGCCAGGCCGCUGGUCUGAGCCAGCUGGCCUCUUCCUUCGGCCCUUCACCGGGCUUGCAAACGAUCGUGUCCAAGGAGCCCUUUAGUUGAAAGGGCUUCCAGGGAAGAAGAUCACGGCGGGCUGUGCCCAAAAAGCCUUUUGGCACCUUAAAGACGAAUCAGCUUUAGUGUAGUGUGAGAUUUCAUGAGAUACAACAGAAACAUGAAUUAGGCCAGGAAGGAGGUGGGCAAUAUAUAUAGUUAUAUAUUACACACAACUGUGA